AUGUCCUCUCAAAAGACUAUGCGGGCCAUCGCCAUCAAAAAUGGCAAAGGUCCCGCCGAUGCCCUCUUCAUCGACAACAUUCCCGUCCCCGAGCUCGGUGCCACGCAAGCCCUCGUCAAGGUCAAAGCAUUCGGCCUGAACCGCAUGGACCUCCUCCAGCGCGAAGGCCAGUACCCAGUCCCCCCUCAAGCCCCCUCAACCCUGGGCGUCGAAUUCUCCGGAACAAUCACGGAACUCGGCAACGGCGCGACAGAGGACUUCAAGGUCGGCGAUGAGGUGUUUGGACUGGCAUACGGUGGCGCCUACGCCGAAUACAUCGCCGUUGCGACGGGAAUGCUCAUCCACAAGCCAAAGGAGUUGUCGUGGGAGGAGGCGGCGGGUAUUCCGGAGACAUGGAUCACAGCAACCCAAGCCCUGCACCUCGUCGGCGCCUUCAAACCCGGCAACUCCGUCCUCUGGCACGCGGGCGCCUCCUCCGUCUCCAUAGCCGGCAUCCAGCUCGCCAAAGCCGCCGGCGCCUCCGCGAUCUACGUGACCGCGGGCUCCGACGAAAAGAUCGCCUUCUGCGUCGACAAGCUCGGCGCAACCGCGGGGUUCAACUACCGCACCCAGAACUGGGCCGAGGAGCUCUCCAAGGCGACGGAGGGCCGCGGCGUUGACGUCAUUGUCGACUAUAUCGGCGCUGGCUAUUUCCAGGAUAACUUGAAGAGCGCGGCGCUGGAUGGACGCAUCGUUAACCUUGCGUUCCUGGGUGGGAUCAAGGUUGAGAAUGUGGAUAUCUCGUACUUCCUGCGCAAGAGGGUGAGGUAUGAGGGGAGUACGCUGCGGAGUCGGGAUGAGGAGUAUCAGAGGAAGCUGCGCGAUAUGGUUGUUGAGAAUGCGUUGGAGAAGUUGACGAGUGGGGAGUUUAAGGUGUUUAUUGAGAAGGUGUUUGGGUUUGAGGAUGUGGUCGCGGCGCAUAAGUUGAUGGAGAGUAAUCAGACGAAGGGGAAGAUUAUUUGUACUAUCUAG